AUGUGGCCAUUGUGGUCACGCGGACAUCUGGUCUCCGAAAAGCUACGGGUGAGGCUCUACGAAGCCUUCAUCAAGCUUCUGCUGAUGUACAACGCAGGCACAUGGGGCCUCUCAGACUCUCAGCUGUGUACUCUUGACUCGACAUAUCGGAGACACCUGAGAGUUGUUGUGGGUAUCCGCUACCCACAGAUAAUCAGCAACAAUGACCUCCACCGCAGAACAGAGACACAGCCCCUAACUGUCCUGGUUAAAGCUGCUCGGAUGCGACUACUCGGUCACAUCUGCAGACUGGACAAGGAGUCCCCAGCACAAAUGGCCAUGACAUCAUACUUCCGGCAAACAAAGGACGAGAAAAUAUUCCGUGGCUGGCCGCCUUCCACACUCCCAACAAUACUGAGAACGGACCUCGCAACAAAGGGAAUGAAGCUGAAGACGGAUAAAGAUCUCUCACACAUCAGGGACCUGGCAGAGGACAGAGCAGUAUGGCGGCAGCUUUUCCGCACCUGA